AUGGUUCGUUCUCAUUCGACACUUCAAUCUUCCGCAUCUCAUCAUGAUGAAAGAAGUGGCUUAGGAGUUUUAAUUCAACAAGCUCUUCAGUUUUUGUUUACUGAACAUUGUUAUGAUGAAAUGUUUGUUCGAAUGAAUUUUUUUGACGUGGAUUGUAUGAAAAUCAUAAUAUCAAAAUGCCUUGGUUAUUCCAUUUUGCUUGGCUCACUACUCGUUAAAGUACCACAAAUUGUUAAAAUCAGAUGGAAUAAAUCGGGUCAUGGUGUUAGUGUUAUUGCUGAAACAAUUAUGUUGGCAGCUAUUUUUGGCUCAAUGGCUUAUGGAUUUACAUCCGAAUAUCCAUUGUCGUCUUAUGGUGAUACAUAUUUUUUAUUUAUUCAAACAAUUAUCGUUAUUCUAAUGGUUUUAUAUUACGAGAAAAAAUAUGUACUAGCCGCCCUCUAUAUAGUCUUGUGCAGUCUAUUAACGGUGUUAAUGGUUAAAAAACUCAUUCCAGAAUUGAUUAUAUGGAAUUUAGCUGCCGCUUCAAUGAUUCUAAGUGUAACAAGUCGUUUAUAUCAAGCCUAUUGUAACUAUCGUAUUAAAUCCACCGGAAAUUUAUCAGCUAUUACAAUGUUAAUGUUAUUUAUUGGUAGCUUAGCACGAAUUUUUACAUCAUAUCAAGAAACAGGUGAUCAAACACUAAUAUGGACAUAUAUUUUGAAUUCAAUGGCCAACAGUAUACUUAUAUUACAAUUGGGUUAUUACUGGUCAGCUACGACACCGUCAAAUACUAGAGACGAAAACCCAGAAAAAGAACAAAAGAAAGAACAAUAA